GCCGAAGGCCAGACGGCGGGCAGCCUCCGAAAAGCAACGACCAUGACACAACGGGCGGAUGCAGCGGUCGUUCGACUAUCCAUUGUACUACUAACACUGCUUGAUAAGGAACAUGAAUCGCUCCCCUGCUAACAUUCUGGAUCGCCCUAUUGGAGGCCGUGGAUCUCGGUCGUCUCCGGAGGUAUCUGCAUCUGCGUUUGCCUAUGUUUACUCGGAAUUGGUCCAGUAUCACCAGAAUCGAGUAGACAGCAUCUCGGAAUUGGAGCGACGGCUGGAGUCUUCGGGGUAUGGCGUUGGACUGAAGGUCCUAGAGCUCCUGGCCUAUCGAUCGCGGGAAUUCAAGAGAGAAACACGGCUGAUGAAUGUCCUGCAGUUUGUGUCGUCCCAGUGCUGGAAGGCUCUAUUUCAUAAACCCGCUGAUUCGCUAGAACGAAGUAUUGAUCAUGCCGAUGAGUACAUGAUUGUGGACUAUACCCCCAUCACUUCUACCUAUAUUCGCGUCGGAUCGGAUAUGGGCAGUUUGAGCGUGGACGCCUACAUAUCUGGGAUCAUUGCAGGUAUCUUGGCUGGUGCUGGAUUCCCCGCCAGAGUCACGGCUCACUCGGUAGCCCUCGAAGAGGUCGAAAAAACCGAUCAAGCACAGAGAGAGCAGGCUGCUUUCUUUGGUACCACCCGUGGUGGUACUGUACGAGACGGAUCCAGUGUGAGAGGAGCUGUCAGUGAUGCUGUUGGUAGUGCUGUGAUGGGAAUGGGCAGUGAACGAGGUGGACCAGCAGGAAACACCAUGUCCAUUGCCGCUGCUGCAGCCGCUGUGCCCCUUCCUCCCAUCCCAGCUCGAACUGAAAAGGCCGUCUUUUUGGUGAAAUUCAGUCCAGAGGUCCUCACUCGUGAUGCUGCCAUGGAUAGGUAAUGCUGCAUCUAUCUGGUUUUAUCAGGUGGAACAGAUUGCCGGUUCGAUGCCAUGCAAUGGAAACAACUUUGUCCAUCGCGCAUACCGUAGUACUAGUAGCUGGCAAAGUAAAGUUGAUGACAUAAUAUUUUGAAGCACUGUCCGUUGCUGGCUAGCUAGAGAGAAUGUGCAUAGAUGAUAGCUGGCUGACUUGUAGCUUGUCGUAUUGCUGUUUAGCCAGAGACGCGAGACUGCAACC